AUUAAUUUAUAUUAGAAAUGGACCAAUCAUAAUCCGACUAAUAAGAAAAUCAAGUUAAUACAAAAAGUGAAUAGACAGAAGCUUAAUAGUAGUAGGACAAAGUGGAAUUACAAAAGGAUAAAGAAAAAUGCUUAGAAAUAAAAAACAAAGCCGGAUAAUUGUUUAACGAAUAAAAGUUUAAAGAGGCUGCAGUUGUCUACUAAGAAGCCAUUGAUUAUUGUCCUUUAGAAGAUUCAAAUAUGUUAUGUAUCUUAAAUUCAAAUAUUGCUAUUUGUUUAAUUAAUCAAUCUAAUUUUAAAAGUGCUAUUAAACAAUGCUCAAAAGCACUUGAAUACAAUCCUGAAUUUGUUAAGGCUUUAUUUAAUAGAGCAGAAUGUUAUGAAAAAACAGAUUAAUUGGAAGAGGCAUUAGAUGGUAUUGUUUAAAGAAUAUUCUAGAUUAUAAGAAAUUAAAGGGAUUAUAACCUAAGGAUUAUUUUAUUUAGAAAAAGUUCAUUGAUUUAGAUUUGAAAGUUUAAGACUUCGUAGAAAAAAGAAAGAAUGAUGCCAUGAAGAGAAUAAAAAAUUAAGCAUUAUUAGGAUAAUUAGGAUUAAAUUCAGAUAAUGUUUAAUUAGAAUAGAAUGCAGAUGGAACAUUUAAUUUUUCAUUUUCAUAAUAAUGAUUCAAAAAAUUCAUUUUUAAAUGAUUAAUAUAGUAUAAUAG